GACCUCACUCACUUCCAGGCAAAAAGAUUCAGCCCGCUUUGCUGUGAGAGUUGCCUCAAGUAAAGAUGCUGAAGAUUGCAACAGGAGCUCUGUUACUUCUCCUCUCCUGGUUUGGUGGACCGGUCAAUGGAGAGAUCAGUGCCAACUUGGAGAAGUGUCUUAAAUUCUUUUAUGAAAAUACUACACCACAGGGCAUCAGUGGAGAGGGCUAUGUGGGAAUAUGUCAGAUUUAUGAAAAUAAGUACCGCUUUGCCACCAUGUAUGACAGAACACGUCGUAUACCAUUGUACUCUGCCUAUAUACUCAGUUCUCCAGAUGGUCCAAGACCUAAAACACCAUGGAAGAUUGAACCACAGCUGGCAUCACUCAAAGCCAACAAAGAAAUGAAGGACCAAGAAAAUCCUGACCAAAACGUGAAGGACAGCCAGGCAGUUGAUGAAGACUACACCAACUCUGGUUAUACCAGAGGCCACCUCACCCCCAGCGGUCACCAAAACACAAAAGAAGACCGGAUUGCUACUUUCACCCUUACAAAUAUUGUUCCUCAAAUGGAAAAGUCCAAUAGUGGCCCCUGGAAUGUUCUGGAGAACCAGAUGUUAACGAGGUUUAAGGAAAUCUGCAAAGAGACAAUGUAUGUUAUCACUGGGGCCAUACCUUAUGAAUCUGGAGAGCAUGUCAUCAGUAAAAGGGUGCACGUACCUGAGUAUAUGUGGACUGCUUACUGCUGCCCAACUCAACAAAAAUCUGAUUUUUUCCCCACUUAUGCUGCAGUGGGAAGAAAUGAUCCUAACAGUAAAGAGGACAUUGUGGAAAAGAAAAAUGGCUAUGAUGUGAAGGAGAUGUCCCUGGAAGACCUGGAGAAGGUCCUGCAAAAAAGGCUAAAGAUGUCUGGAAUCAGUCUAUUUAAAAAUAAAUGUAAGAAAUAAAUAUGACAAGUUUUUGUUCUUUGUUAGAUGAUAGAAAGUCAAAUAUGAUGAACAAUAAAAUAAAACUGAAAUAAAAAUAAUGUCAAGCUUUCACUUGUUUU